AUGAGGCCCUCGCAGGCGGGGGACUAUUUCGGGGAGCGCUCGGUGGUCUUCGACGAAGUUCGGGGCGCCACCAUCGUGGCAGCCACGGCGGUGUGCCUCCUGUCCCUGAACCGCGAGAAGUUCGCGGAGCUGCGGCUCGAGGACUACGUGAAGUUCGCGGACCGGAAGACAGGCGUUGCUACGAUCGAGGCAAAGCCUCCUUCAGAAAAGACGGAGUCGGAGCGCCAGCUCAUGCUGUCGGCCCUCCAAGAGAGCUCCACCCUGGGAGGGAAGUCGGGGUCGCUGCUGGAGUCUCAAGCGGAGGCCCUGGUGGAUCUCAUGUGGAAGCAGACCGUGGAAGCCCGCCAGGCUGUCAUCACUCAAGGCAACAUGGCAGACUACUUCUACAUCAUCCAGGCGGGGAGCUUUGCCUUGCAGGAGGGGGGCAUCCCCAAGGAGGUGCUGAAGCCUGGGGACUGCUUCGGUGAGCUGCCGCUACUUCAGCUGCGGCCGCAUCAGCACUCCGUGGCCGCCAAGGAGCGUAGCACCGUGUGGGUCAUCGACCGCUGGCAGUUCAAAAAUAUUUUGUUCAAGGUGCCAGAGCACAAGGUGUUUGAGUACAUCGGCUACCUGGACAGGGUUCAGAUCCUGGACGCGCUGUCGCUGGAUGAGAAGACGUUUACGGCACAGGCCUUGACGGAGAUGACUUUCGAGGAGGGCGACGUGAUCCUGAAACAAGGAGAAACCGGAGAUACCUUCUACAUACUCUUCGAUGGGGAGGUGACGGUUCUCAUCAAUGGCAACCAGGUGGCGCGAUUGCAAGCGUCCACUGAGGAGCUGACGGCCCACCACUUCGGGGAGAAGGCGCUGCUCAGCAGCCAGCCGAGGGCCGCCACAGUGCAGGUGACCUCACCUCAGGCGAAGGUUUUAGCCCUGGACCGGAUCGCCUUUAACCAGCUCUUGGGAUCGCUCGAGGAGAUCAUUCAAGCACAGGAGGAUGGUAGGACGAGGGCCACCAAGAACUUAAAGGGCGUCACCGCGAAGCCGUUCCAAAAGAUCUUCCGCAAAGACCUGGUGGGGGUUGGCCUGCUGGGUGUGGGCCAGUUCGGGGCAGUGGAGCUGGUGGCCCACAAAUACGCGGAGGAGACCUUCGCCAUGAAGAGCUGCUCGAAAGGACUUCUGGUCAAGACGAAGAAGAAGGAUGUUGUGCUGAAUGAAAAGAUGGCAUUGUCUUACGUCCUGUCGCCUUUCAUCAUCCAGCUCUUCGAGACCUACAGCGACGACCAGACCCUGUACCUCUUGCUGGAGGCGGCUUUGGGAGGAGAUCUCCACGGCCUCUUCUGCCGCAAGAAGCUCUACGGCAGCGAGCGCCACGUCGUCUUCUACACCGCAGGCGCUACCUUGGCGCUGGACUAUCUACACAAGAGACGCAUUAUCCAUCGAGAUCUGCGACCCGAAAACAUUCUGAUCACCACAGAGGGCUACAUGAAGCUCUGUGAUUUCGGUCUGGCCAAGUUCGUGGUGGAGCAGAGCCACACGAACUGCGGCUGCCCCGACUACUACGCCCCCGAGAUGGUGCUGGCCUCCGGCCAUGGCUCUGCGCUGGACUGGUGGACUUUGGGGGUCCUCUUGUUCGAGCUCAUGGCGGGCCAGCCGCCCUUCGAGUCCCCGAACCCCAUGCAGAUCUUCGCGCGGAUCCUGCACGGCCUCCGGAAGGCGCCCUACUUGCCCGAAAUUGGCAGAGCCCCUGCGGAUCUCGUCAAGAACCUGCUCAGGAAGGAGCCCGCGGACAGGCUACCUGUGCGCUUGGGGAUCGCCAAGCUCAAGGACCACCGCUUUUUCCACGACAUGAAUUGGAGCCUGCUGGCGGAUCUGAAGUUCGAGGCGCCCUACAAGCCCAACGUCCGCAGCAAGCGGGACUUGGCCAACUUCCACCCAGGGAACACCUUGCCUGUGCCGGCGGAGUACAAGGAUGACAGCACCUUCUGGGACAAGGACUUUGCGAGCUGA